CGGCUAUCUGAUACCAUGAAUGAUGUUGAAGGCGCACGAAAGCGUGCUCAGCAUCACACAGACCCGAAGAGUCGAGGGGGCGAACAUGAAAUGGGCGAAUGUUCGGUGCCUUUUGCCAGCAACAUGCCUCUAGAAGAUGAGCUGAAUGACUUGCAACUUGGCGCAGCGUUUGAUCGCAAAAAGCUGGACAGGUUAGCAGCACAGGAGAUCCGCAAGAUCAGCCGUGAUCAGCGAAAUAGGCUUCACAGCAUUCACCAAGACUCCCUCUUCGUGCGCCAGAUCGCUAAGAAGUAUCCUCGUCUGGCACUCAUAGCGAAUCUUCGAUGCGGUGCUUGGUACACCCCUCCCGAUUUGACGUCCGGCUGCUCGUACUUCAAGUCGACCGACGGACACGCUUCGCAAUGGUCAUUUUCGCUCAAGCGUAGCAAUCUGCACAUCAUAGAUCUCCUGGCAGCCCACCACGAUGGGUUCAUCAUCGUUGACUCUACUCGCCGUGGUAAAUCGACACCCGACGCACUUUCCAAAACGAUACCCGUUUGGUGUGCGGUGCUGAACAUGGCUUCGCGCCUGAGGUGGGGCGGCUCAUUUUCAUCUGAGGUAUCAUCAACUCACGGGUCUCCUUGGGAUGAACAUGCGGAUCUGUCCACUCCUUCGGAUGUUGUCUCACGGAGUGAACACGACCAGAUCGCCAGCCGAAUCGAAGGCUGGGCUGCGGCGUUGCUUGACUCUGAUCUUGACAUACCAAGACUGGACAAACCGCUCAAGCCGAUCUUCAUCACACCGCAACGCGCCACGACUCCCGACCUGGAUUACAAAAGUAUCCCUUACCAUCCUGUAGUGUGCCUCUCCGUCUCGCGCCUCACACAAGGCGGUAUGGCGUACGCGCACGGCUCGCCCUCGUCCCCAAUGUUCGUGUACAUGCAAGGGGCAGGAGACGAUCACGAGAAUUGGGCGCGUGGCCUCACACCGACCGCCUGGUGGGAUGAGCGCAACCAUGCUGCGCUACUAGAAGCGGAGCGUGGCCAUAUCGAACUGCUCGUCGACGAAAUCGUUCAGCGCGAACAGACUUCAGGCAAUGCGGGGGGGCGCGCAUGGUUUGCACCAACUGCCGCACGCAAACAUGAGCAGCAGCUGCAGUGCGAUGAAGAUGUCGCACGGAUACAGGGGACCUGCAUAGUCAUUAAACGAUGCGCGCCAGAUAUUGCUGCAAAGGAGCGGACGGCGGGGAAAAGGAUGUUGAUUCAAUGCGAUUUGCGAGGGGCGGAUGAGGGCGAAGCUGGGAGCGAUCAACAAGAGAGGAAGCUGGGCGAUGUGGAUACUGUGCUAAGACUUGGAUUGCCUGCCGGGAAAAAGAGCCUGCCUCUCUUCAACCGUGCACUCCACUCUGUCUUGAACACCGUAAACGCGAGCGUUGCACAACGCCCAGCGGUAACUACGGGUGACAUUGUCAUCAGCGACGCAAGUGGCAAGGAUCUUUCCGGCUCAAUAGCAGUGUUACUGCUUUCUGUCCUGUACGACGAGAACAGGCGUUGGGUUGCAUCCUCACCCACAUCCGAUCAUAAACAGCCUGACGAGCGAUUACCACAGCUAGUACAAGCUCAAAUUGCGGCACACAUUCGCACGCUCACCAAAGACGCCGUGCGCAAGCGAUGCCAGUGGCUCAUUUCGGAUGCAAAUGUUGUCGUGAGCAGCGCAGGCCCGUCCAGGGCUUGGCUGAAUCGGGUGAAUGAUGUCCUGCUCACCCCAAAUGCCAUCGGACCUUGAAGCGGGAUUGGAGUACCAGGAAUCAAUACAAUAUUGUCUCAUGCAAACACGCUCUAGGAUGUAACGAUUUCUUGUGGGAUUCAACGCUCAUCCGCCCUCCGUAUUCAGCGUUCGUUGGCAGGCAUCGUGUAAGGAUGAUGGAUGAAUGAUAAAUACAAAAGGAUGAAUA